UUCGAAGCUAAAGUGUUUUGACUUUCGUUUUCGUUUCUUCCUCUUCCUCUUUGUUUUUUUCCCUCUGAAUCUUUUUGUCUGAGAGAUGAAGGAUACGGAGAAAAAGAAGUACCCCAUUGGCCCUGAGAAUUAUGAACUACUCGAGGAGAUUGGCCAGGGGGUAAGUGCCCACGUACAUCGUGCUCGUUGCAUUACUUUUAAUGAGAUCGUUGCCAUAAAAAUCCUGGAUUUUGAGCGAGAAAACUGCGAUCUGAAUAAUGUUUUUCGUGAAGCACAGACCAUGACCUUGGUUGACCACCCUAAUGUCCUCAAAUCACACUGCUCCUUUGUUAGCGAUCAUAAUCUAUGGGUUAUCAUGCCAUAUAUGGCUGGUGGUUCGUGUCUUCACAUAUUGAAAGCCGCCUACCCAGAUGGCUUUGAGGAGGUUGUAAUAGCAACAAUAUUGCGAGAGGCUUUGAAGGGUUUAGAGUACCUUCAUCAUCAUGGCCAUAUACAUAGAGAUGUUAAAGCCGGGAACAUUCUAAUUGAUGCGCGCGGUGCAAUCAAGCUGGGGGAUUUCGGUGUAUCUGCUUGUCUUUUUGAUUCAGGUGACAGGCAACGUACAAGGAAUACAUUUGUGGGGACACCUUGCUGGAUGGCACCUGAAGUCAUGGAGCAACUGCAUGGUUACGACUUCAAAGCAGAUAUGUGGUCUUUUGGUAUAACAGCACUGGAGCUUGCCCAUGGUCACGCUCCUUUCUCAAAGUAUCCUCCCAUGAAGGUACUUCUUAUGACAUUGCAAAAUGCACCGCCUGGCCUUGAUUAUGAACGAGAUAAGAAGUUCUCUCAGUCAUUUAGGACGAUGAUUGCUAAAUGCUUGGAAAAAGAUCCUUCAAAACGACCCACUGCAAGCAGUUUGCUAAAGAAUUCCUUCUUUAAGCGAGCUCGCUCUAGUGAUUAUAUUUCGCGAACGCUUUUGGAGGGGCUGCCUGCAUUAGGUGAUCGCAUCAAAGCCCUAAAGAGGAAAGAAGAAGAUAUGCUUGCAAAAGAACAAAUUCCUGAUGGGCAGAAGGAGGAAAUAUCACAGAAUGAAUACAAGCGAGGAAUUAGUAGCUGGAACUUCAAUCUUGAAGAUAUGAAAGCUCAGGCUUCAUUGAUACAGGAUUUUGAUGAUGCAAUGUCUGAAAUCAAUCCAGGAGGAAGUUCGAAUUCCACAUCACCAAAUGAUGUGCAAGAGAAGCAAUCACCACGUGCAAACCAAUCUCAACUUACUGACAUGGAAGAUAACGACGAGAUGCGAAAUCAAUCAGCUCCUGUGCCUGCAGUAGAUUUCACAACAACUGAUGCCAAGGUUAGAAGUGAAAAAUCUAAUGAUGCCUCUAUCACCAGUUUAAGCCAUGAACACAACUUAUCACAGAGUGCUUCACCGCGUCUUGAAGAUCAUGUAGUGGACCAUAAUUUUAGUGAAAAAUGUGAUGUGGAGAAUGGGGGAAGACAGGUGGAGCCUACUCAUUCUUACCACAGAAGAUGUUCAUCAAGCAUCUUACCUGAAGUUACUCACACACCUGCUCGUGGGGAAAUAGAGAAGAUACAUAAUCUGUCCCAUAGCGUUUCAAGUUGCAGUGCAACAACAGUACCACAGUCAGGAGAAGCUGCAAAUUUGGACGACACUGAUGAGAAAGUAAAGGUGCCAGUUGUUCAGCAGAGAGGACGUUUUAAGGUUACAUCUGAGAAUGUUGAAUUAGAAAAGGUGGCCCCAACUCCUAUUCUGCAAAAGAGUCAAAGCAUGCAGGUUAUUAGCUCGCACAAUGUAACUCCUCUACCUUCAAUUUUACCACUAUCAACGACAUCCCAGGCUACACCAACAAAUGUUUCUGGUUCUUCGCUUUACCAAUUAUUGCUUAUUAUCAUAUCUGUCAAUCGUGCAGUUGAUGGAGCAUCUAACCAAUCACCGGCUUCGGCAAUGGAGAAAUCUUUG